GGAAACUUUGCGGCGGCGUGCGAGAUGCAGCCCAAAGCGUGACAGGCGCCCGUUGUAUAUUGUACCGCGCUGUUUUGGGAAAGUUUCCGGCUCAAUGGCGGUGGGGGAAUGGCUCUCUUCCCGCAGGGGCAUGCCGCCUGGCAUUCCGUACCCGCAGCGCUUCUUCAUCAGAAACCCCUAUUGUUCCCACGCCCAGUGGGUUCGUGUGCGCGCUGCGAACGCCGGCGGCCCCUGUCGCCAGCACCGGCGGGAAGCAUGUCCCGUUUGCUUCCGGCCAACCCCCGGACAGACACCCACGCCUUUGGUGAAUAUGCGCGCUGCCGACUCGGGUGGCAAUUUUGUAAUUCUCUGGUGUGGAUAA